AUGGCUUCCAUUUCGCUUCCCCCGCAGUCCCAGGCGGGCUUUCCGACUCAUUUCGACACUUCAAAUCAAUCCAAUGCCACUGACCGUCGACACAUGCACGCACCGUUGCCUAACCCCCCAUUCGUCUUUCCGGCCCGGGACCCUGACACCGCCAACGCCCAAUCGGAAACCCCUGAGCAUCGGGAACGGCCCGCAUUGCCCGCAUUCUCUUUUAAUCCUGGAUCGGAGCAGCAAUCACCACACCUAUCAGCCCCGUCCUUGGUUAUUCCUCGACCGGGCGGACACCGUCGCCGACCGAGCGAGCGAGUUGCGACCGACCAUCUAGUAGCGCCAGAACCCUUAGGACCAGGUCACAGACGAGGAUCUUCAAUGGUAGAGCAACCCAUCCCGCCUCCAGGUCCGGGCGUUGGCAGAGUCCCCGGACGACGGAAUCAUGCCCACCGACGUUCAGCCGCGAUAUCAGGGGUCGACUUGAACGCUAUUACGAAGGCACUCGGUCCCAACUCUACAAUAGGAAGUGCGCCUUCCACCCCCGCCGAUCCUAACCACAAGUCCACCUCCGAUAUUCCUACGCGACCGCUCUCUCAAUCAGCUAUCAGCCUCGGUCGUCCGACACCUCCAGCGUCUCCUCAAUUCCCUCCCGUUCCUCCUGUACCUCCCAUCCCGGCUGCCAUUCAAGCAGAAAUGGCUCUAAACAACCAGACCUCAAAUGUUGAACGACCAGCCUGUACUAUUUCACAUGGAACUUCAGAUAGUACGAUUACAGUCAAAGCGCAGCAACAGGUGGAAAGGGCCGCUUCCUUGGACCAACCCACACCAAGACCGGAAUAUAAUCCCAAGACUCGACCAAAAACUGCCGAUGCGUCUUUGGUGAUGGAUUUCAUGCAGAUACAUAAUGACGACUCGGGAUCUAUCAAACGUUCCCACUCGACCGCCGGACAUUCACGCAACCGAAAAAGCAAAUCAACACCGCAUCUCGAGUCCACUCUCUCGCCCGAUGAUGCUCAAUCGUCUGAUAACUCCCGGCCUUCUUUUUCGGAUGAAUGUAGUGACACAUCAGGAGACGAAGCGACUGAGAGCGAGAAUCCACUUGACAGCAAAUCCCAUGUUAAAUCAAAAAAGAAGAAGCAGAAGCGUGUACGCUCUUGGGCCGGUCAUAUUUUAACUCGAAAGGAGAGCAAGAGUAAGGGUAAGCGCCAUGCGAAGGGAGACACAGAGGAAGAGUCCCCGGUACCACGCGCCCCUGCACUCCGCCCGCCAGCUCUUACUCGGACCAAUUCGGGAACUGGAUCAGUUUUAGAUGUUGAUUUUGAUAACGACGAUGUCGUUGUCAUCCGGACUCCGACCAACCCGAUGAUGCCACCUUCCGCCCUCGAGCCCAUUCAAGAUGAUUGUCAAAAUAAAGACGGCUGUCCCUUGCCUGCACAGACUCUAGAGGCCUCGUGGAAACCGAGAAGCUUCUAUGAACAGGGUGUUGGCCCCCAUGACAACGUACUGAGUAGCCCUAUCAUCGACCUUGACGCUGCGCUUGGCCCUUUCAACACUCCCGACAUGCGAACGAUGGCGCAGGGUGCGGCUAACAACAACUUCUCGGUUGCAACUCAGCGCAUGUACAGCGGUGGAAGACGAGGUGAAUUCGUUGGCCCAGAGAUGCGAUAUCAUAGGCGCACUGAAAGUGCUCCAGUGAUGCAGCCAUUCGACCGCACUGCUCUUGGCGCAUUCCGUCUUGGACCAACAUCCGCAGUGGAAACUCCCGAUGUUUUCGAUGAGGAGGAAGAGGAUGCUUUCUGGGCUGCCACAGAAGUACCUAAUGCCACGCAGUUAACAAAGACUGAGCGCUCUCCAGCCAACGUGCCGUCAUUCGACAACGCAGUCUUCUCGUCAUCGGAGGACGAUGUGAAAUCUGUUCACAGCACUGAUACCGCUGACAGUGGGGAUACUCUGACUCGAGUCCCCACCGGUAGCACGUCUUCUCAGAAUGCUGGCUUGGGCAUUCAACAAGUCGACAAGCAGUUGAACCAGGAAAUGCCGCAGGGAAAGACCGCCUUUGAUCAGGUACAGAUUGCCAGCAAUCCUUUCGCCAAGAAGCCUCGGAGCCCUGUGGAGAUCUUGAAAACGGAAGAAGCUACACACAAAUCGAUGGGACCUCCUAGCCCCGACGUUUCUCCUAGGUUUUUGGCUGUCGACAAACGGCCGACGACGUCACCCAUUGAGCUGCUGCCCACCAUCCCACCAUUUGCACUGAAUGCAGGAGUUUCACCAUCUGAAUCGUCUUUUCCAUCGCCGGAUGCUCCGCGGUCAAUCGCGGCAUCCUCGAUGACCGACCGGAAGUUCUCCAGCCACUCAUACAAUCAAUUACCUUCGUCGGAUUAUCCUUAUGCAUCAGUUGAAGAUGUUCCAUCUUUGACCAGCAGUGCAUCGACCAUGACCAACACGUUCAAUCGCUUCUCUGCGGCUUCAUUUUUCCCUCUUGGACGUCUUUCGACCGAUCGUGCCGCGUCCUUCUCGGGUGCUGGAACCAGACGCACCAGUCAGGCUAACGCCUCCAAGCGCUCCAGUCUAGCCAGCCUGUCCAAGCUGGUCGGCGGUACCCAUUCUGAACGGAGCAAGCUCAACCAAGAGGAGAAACCCCCUGGCGAUGCGUCCGACAAAACGAAGAAAAAGGGCCGCCGUCUCAGCCGAAUGAUGCAUUUCUGGAAGGCCAAGGACAAAGAGAAGCCAUCCACCCAGCUGGUGUCGACGAACGAACGACCACAGUCGUAG